AUGUUAUCUCUAUCAAUAAUUCUACUUCUCAUAUGCAUUGGUUUAAUCACUUAUUAUUUUCUACAACUGAGACAACAUUAUCAAUACUUUAGUCGACUUCAUAUUCCCACACCGCCUUUCCAUUUCUUUUUUGGUCAUCUUAAAACGUUAUGGAAUAGCACAUCUUUUCCCCGUCAAUUUGAAACUUGGACGAAAGAAUAUGGCAAGAUCUACGGAGUUUAUCAAGGAACUGUUCCUACUUUUGUUGUCAGCGAUCCUGAUUUUCUUCAAGAAGUUUUCGUUAAACAAUUUGCCGCUUUUUCAGGACGGACGAAUUUUUUCGCAAGUGCUAAAAUUCAAAAUGUCUUUACUUCAUCGGAUGCAACAUGGCGUCGGCAUCGUCACGUAAUAAAUCCAACAUUUUCUGCCGCCAAACUAAAACUGAUGAGCCCUUUAAUCAAUGGAUGUAUUACUAAUGUCAUGGAAAAAUUAGUCGAUCAUGUCACCUCCGAUAGUGAAUUCAAUAUCUACACAUAUUAUAAACGUAUGACAAUGGACGUAAUAUGUCGAUGUGCAUUUGGACUCGAUACUGAUGUACAGAGUAAUCCAAACAAUAUGUAUUUCAAGAAAGUGGAGGAACUCUUUGGUGCUCGCAUUAGAUCGACUAUUUUCUUCAAACUUCUUCAAGUUGUGCCUCAGGUGCGAACUACAAUUGUAAAAAUCUUUGAUAGCAUCAACAACGUUCGAGCGUUCAUCAAUAUUCGUCUUUUACCUUCGGUAUCAAAAAAACAAUUGCAUGAACGGCCAGAUAUGUGGCUUCAUAAUCGACUACAUUCAGUUAUCGAGCAACGACAACAAACGCCAACCUCACGAGUUGAUCUUUUGCAAUUAAUGUUACAAGUGAUCACCAACGAACAAAUUAAUGAUGUUGUACAAGAUGGAAGCAAGACAAACUAUCGACUAACUCGAGAAGAAAUAGUCAGUAACAUCUUUAUCUUCAUGUUAGCAGGAUAUGAAACAACAUCAACUACUUUGGCUUUUGCAACGUAUGAACUUGCUCGACAUCCGGAAGUUCAUCGCAAACUUCAAGCUGAAAUCGAUCAACUUCCAUUGGCCACUGAUGAUAUGUCUGACGACGACAUGAAAAAAUAUCCUGAUUAUGAUAUAGUAGCACAGAUGCCUUAUAUGGAUUUGUUUGUAUCCGAAGUACUGAGAAUGUAUCCCAUAGCAAAUCAAGCCAUUCAAAGACGUGCCUCCGAAGAUACGAUCGUGCAAGGAAUUAAAAUCGAAAAAGGCACCUUAGUAUAUGCUGAUGUUUAUUCGAUCCAUUACGAUCAGGAACUUUGGGGACCGGAGGAUCCCAAGAUCUUCUUUCCAGAACGUCAUGAAACAAAACGUCAUCCGAUGGCUUAUUUACCAUUUGGAGCAGGACCACGACAUUGUAUUGGCAUGCGCUUUGCAUUGAUCGAAAUGAAGAUUUUACUAGUUCGACUACUCCUAGAAUAUUCUAUUUUGCCUGGUGAACAUCUCCAUAACAAACUCAACAUUCAUGAACAACCAGCUCUCGCACCGGAAGCAGUGUGGGUGAAAUUAGUGAAAAGAAGUGUUUAA